AUGAAGGAAGUUGAGGUUCCACCUGAAAACCAAUUGGCAAUGGGAGGAGUAGCUCAACUCCUUAUAAGCCCUUGCUAUGUUUCUCAACUUUCCAACAUGAUCUUUCCAUGGAUGUUUGAUGAGAUUCAUGCCUUAAGGAAAUUCAAAGGUGCUGCUCAUAUAUUGGUUGAGAAAAAGGAUUGGCCUCCACUAUAUGACAUCACUGCACUAAAUAAUAACAAGGUACCUGUUGCAGCUGCUGUUUACUAUGAAGACAUGUUUGUAAACUUCAAGCUGGUCAUGAACAACAUCUUAGAUAGCCGGGAUUCGGUUGUGGAUAACUAA